UUUUAUUAUUUUUAAAAUAUUUAAAUAAUUAAAUCUGAGUUAGAUAAUUUCAGUUUAAUGUUGAUGUUUGUCAUUUUUCAGUGUUAAAACCUUUUCUUACCCCAGUUUAAUAUGCAAAAGUUAUUUUGUCUGAAAAAUGUAAAGAAUUGGUGUAGAAACAAUUUUCACUCAGAAAUUGCUAUUAAAUUUCCCAUACAGAAAUGGCAACACUGAAUUAAACGUGAAACUUUAAAGUAGAAAAACUGAAAUAGUAUUUUCUUGUAAAAGGAACUCAAUACCCCAUGUCUGCUGUCUUAAUUACAACUUUGAAAAAUCAUUCUAUCUAUCUGCUUUCUGAAGGAACAUUUACAUGCGUGUACACAAAAAAGUCCAUUGAAUACAGAGCAAGCAAAGAGUUGGACAUAGCACUUUUGCCAGAAAUACAGGCCUUGAGCGAUCCCCAAUUUCCUGAUUGUAGAGAUUCUAAGAGUGCAACAAAAGAGUGUACGAUUACAUGUAGUUUUCGAAAAAGCACAGAAAAUUACAAUGAUUCAUGGGCUAGUGAUGGGAAUUCUUAUAUAAAAGAGAAAAAACCACCAGAAACCAAUGGGAACAUUUUAUCUUACAAAGCAGUGGUGACCAUAAAUUGUAAAGAAGAGAAAGUGAAUGUCAGCUGUACUUUCACAAACAAUAGAUCCAAAUCCAACAAAAGUAGGACGCAGAACGUGGAGAUCCCCAUCAUUAAACUCGAUUCAAAAAUCUGUCAAAAAAAUGAUCCCUGGCCCAUUGCAAAAAGCAAUUACACAGCCAAAUUGCCUUGUGCUGGCUCUGCUGUUGGUUUGAGAACAAGAGCAUGCAUUGAUGAAAAGUGGAAAAACGAAGUCUCUUCUUGUGUGAAUCAGGACCUGCAUGACAUUCAAAAGGAUGUACAGGAAUUAAAUAAAGGUAUUGGCUUCAUUAAGGACAAUGCAAAAGAAAUUUUUGAGCGCAUAAAGGAAUCAACCACUAUCAAGACAUUCAAUUCAUUUGCAAAUAUUAAUACAUCUAUAAGUAUUUUAGAAGUCAUGAAUAAUGUAUCUCAACGCCAGAAAAAUCUAUGGAAUGAUGAAGUCAUACCUGACUUUGUCAACACUGCAAGCAAUGUUUUGAAUGACACAAAAUCCUGGGAAAAUCCUGAAAAUGAUGACACAAAUUUAUCUAUAAAAUAUCUACAUACUAUUGAGGGAAUGGUGAACAACACAAAUCUGACCUCGAAUGAUCCUCACAAGUAUGACAAUGUUGAACUGAAGCUCUGUAAUGAUAAUUGCAAUGCCUUCAAUGCUAGCGUCACCACAGACAAUGGGGUUAUUGUCGUUGGAUUCCGGAACCUUCAUCAAAUUUUACCACAACCCAAGCUGGCUGGAAAAAACGCUAUAUCAGAGACCACCAUCUUGUCAGUUACUACUGUAAAUAAUACCAAUGGUACUAAAAGUAUUCAGAUGUAUUUUGAUUACUCUCAAACAAGACUCCCAAAUCAUGAAAUGUAUUGUGUUUUCUGGGAUGAACAUGUCAAUAAUUGGUCUGACACUGGAUGUAAAUGGGGUGGUGUGACCAAUCCAGAGAUAUGCAAAUGUGACCACAACUCUGCGUUCACCAUACUGAUGUCUAAAGAUGAAGAGAUCCUUCCCUACAUGGACGAACUGACCUAUGUUGGCUUAGGAAUAUCAAUCAUUUCACUUGUUCUGUGUUUAAUCAUUGAGAUUUUGGUAUGGGAUGCAGUUGUAAAGUCAGACAUCUCCAAUUUUCGGCAUGUGGCCGUAUUCAACAUCGCUUUAUGCAUGCUGUUUGCACACUGUGCAUUUUUAGUAUCAGCUGAGCCUAAGAAAAUCAUCCCACAAUGGUGCUCCAUCCUCACAGUAGUCAAACACUUUUUUUUCCUAGCCGUCUUCUUCUGGAUGCUGUGCUUAAGUUUUGUAAUUCUUCACCAAAUAAUAUUUGUCUUUGACCACCUGCGGAAAAGGGUUUUUUGGGGAUUGUCUAUCACUCUUGGUUACGUAUGCCCAAUAUUAUGUGUGGCAAUAACCUUCAUUACAUUCAAUAACGGUGAAGCUGAUCAAUACUAUUCCAAAAAGACUUGCUGGCUCGUAUACAAGGGUACGUUGAAGGGCUCCAUCUAUGCCUUUAUUCUUCCUGUCGGAACUAUUGUGUUUAUAAACUUGUUCACCCUGGCUGUGGUGAUCAUGAAGAUCGCAACCCCUACUGUGUCAGAGGCAAAGGCGCGGGACGAAAAGGAUGUUGCCAAGAGUAUGAUUAAGACGAUAGUCUUCCUAAGCCCUGUCCUUGGAAUAACUUGGAUCUUCGGAUUUUUUAUGAUAAGUCUUGACCUUACACUAAAACCUUGGGCCCAAGUCGUGAACUACACAUUUACAGUACUUAAUUCACUACAGGGCUUUUUCAUAUUGCUGACAAACUGCAUUGGAGAGAAGAAGGUUCGUGAUGCACUUGUGAAGCGUUUCAAAGGUUCCAAGCAAUCAGCGCAUUCUAAAGUGAAAGCUCAACCAAAGCGACAUCUUCUGUUAUAAAGAAAUAAAGAUUGGACAGGUUUUUAAGCAUGUGAAUGGUUUAGUCGGUGCAUUUUAGAAGCAACAAAAGAGAAGACACAAAAUUUUCAUGGAUUCAAUUCUGUCACAUUCUAUGCAUAUUAAAACAGCUAUAAACAGAUAAUUGUUUAUUAAUUGUUUUAAUUGUUAACUGAUAAUUGUUUUCUUAAACACUGUACUAUUAUUUGUGAUAUUGUACUCCAGAGGAUAAUGUAUAUCGAUGUACUCAUGUAUGUAUACUUUGUCAUGUUAGUUUACUGUAUUAUGAAUGUAUGUAGAUUUCUGUCAGUGAAUGAUUAAUUUUUCUUUCUAAAAAUGGUAUAUUUAAUUUUAUCUAUAUUCAUGUACGUAUAUUUCUGCUUUUAUGUCUCUAUAGCUUACUUGGUUAUUGCUCAAAACUGGUGACAGUUGUAGAAUUUUGGCAUGCAAUUUUACUUCCUCUGACAAUGCUUUCUCUUAUAUUUUACAUUUAAUUUAGAUACACAGCAAAGAACGCACAUUAAUUUGUAUUUUUGCUCUCAUGGUAUAAUAAAACCUACUUUUUAAUUA